GAGUAUGAUGGUGAACGCAAUUCAGAAGGUGAGCGACAUGGACGUGGAAAAGCACAUCUACCCAAUGGUGAUACCUAUGAUGGAGAGUAUGAACAUGGUUUCAGAAGCGGUAAGGGGACCUACAGAUUUAGAAAUGGUGCUUGCUACACUGGAGAAUAUCUUCAAAACAAAAAGCAUGGCUGGGGUAUUUUUUUUUAUCCAGAUGGAUCGAAAUAUGAAGGAGACUGGGUGAAUGACCAGAGACAUGGCUAUGGAGAGUAUACGUAUGCAAAUGGAGACACCUAUACUGGAGAAUGGUUUAACCACAAUAGGCAUGGGCAAGGUACAUAUGUCUAUAAAGACUCAGGAUCUAAGUACGUUGGUGGUUGGGUAAAUGGAAACCAGGAAGGAGAAGCUGAACUUAUCCACCUAAACCAUAGAUUUAAGGGCAAGUUUUUGAAUGGAAAUCCUGUAGGCCAUGGCAAAUAUGUCUUUGAUAUUGGAUGUGAACAGCAUGGUGAAUACAUACAAGCAGAGCAGGAUAAAGGAGAGGGGGAAGAAGAGGAGGAACCCUCGUUACUUGCUGCACCAAAAUGGAAAGCAUCAGAAAUUACCAAAUUAACACUCUGGACUCCCCAUGGGGAAAACCCACCUUCUCCCAGAGAAGCCUCCCUAGUGUCAGCAGCAGCAGCAGAAGCAGUGGAAGAGCCAGCAGCAGCAGCAGCAGCAACUGAAGAGGAGAAAAUACCAUCAAUUGCAGUCACUGAUGAGUCUGCUGACGGUAGGGAUGAUGAGCCUUCUCUUCAUGAAGUAUCCAGUGAAGUUUAUAGCCCAGCAAGGGAUGCAGGAGAGGAAGAUGAGGGAAGCAGAGAGGAAGAAGAAAACAAAGAUGAGGAGGAUCAAGGAACUACUAGUUUAGAGAAUAAUGAGGAUGAAUCGAAAGAAGCAGAGUAA